AUGGCAUCUGCAAUCUUAUACGGCGUGUUAUUUUAUAUUUUUGUUACAGGUGAUACUUCUAGCUUCUCGGACUUCCAUUUUGUGGUGGAACCCAGUGAUACAGUUGUAGUUAAAGGUAGUCCUGUGGUAUUGAACUGUGUAGCUCAAGGUCGACCUCCACCAAAAAUCGAAUGGAAGAGGGAAGGAAUGAUCCUACAAUUUAUAGAUGAUUCCAGAAGGUCAGUCUUGUCAAAUGGUUCCUUAUAUUUUAGUAGUGUUUAUCAUACUCGCACAGAACGACCUGACGAAGGUCUUUAUCAAUGCCUCGCAAGUAUUGAAGAAAUUGGUACAAUUGUCAGUCGGACAGCAAAGCUUCAAGUCGCAUCAUUACCCAGGUUUGAUGAGCAGCCCCAAGAUACGGUUGUGUUUCCUGGUCAAACAGCUUAUUUUCCUUGUGUUAUUCAAGGUAUUCCUCCAGCUACUGUUUCAUGGCAGAAGAAUGAUCAGCCAUUACAAAUGAAUUCUUCACGCAUGCUAGUCCUGCCAAGUGGUGCUCUUGAAAUCAAAGCUGUGAAUGUUGCAGAUGAAGGGGGAUAUCGGUGCAAUGCAUCAAACAUAGACAAAUAUAGAAUCAGUGCUGAAGGAUCAUUAUCAGUUAGUCUAGAUUAUUUUGAAUCUUAUAAAACAAAGAGUCCUGAAUUCAUUGUCACUCCAAAAAACACAAUAGUUACCGAAGGAUCAAAUGUUACACUAGACUGUGCAGCUAAUGGUAAUCCUCAACCUCAUAUCACCUGGUUAAAAAAUGGUGUCACUAUUGAAAUGAAUAGAAAAUUUGAGAAUCGCUUCAAAGUACUUGGUGUAGGGAGUUUAGAAAUAAGAAAUAUUCAAGAAGAUGAUGAGGGUAUCUAUAUGUGUCGAGCAGAAAAUCAUAUUGAUUCAAAAGAUGUUUCAGCAACAAUAGAAGUACAAGUUCCUCCCAAGUUCAUCAAGAAACCACACAAUAGGUAUGCUUAUGAGAAAGAAGACGUAGAAUUUGAAUGUGAGAUCUAUGGGCAACCUGAAGCAACUGUGCAGUGGAUCAAGAAUGGGGAACUUAUUAUACAAAGUGAAUAUUUCCAAAUAGUAAAUGGUUACAACCUUCGCAUCUUGGGACUUGUUCGUUCUGAUCAAGGAAUUUACCAAUGUGUCGGAAGAAAUCCAGCAGGAAAUAUCCAGGCUUCUGCCCAGCUUAUCAUUUUGGAUCCAAACUCACCCCGCCCUACCCCUACUACCCACACAUCUGUAACUAUCCCUCACAUGGACGUUAUAGGUGACCAACCACUUCAAAAGGAAGUGCCUACCAGUCCUCAAAGAGUAACUGCUGUUAUUGUGUCCACACGAUUUGUUACUCUGUCAUGGCAAGAACCAGCUCUUACAAAUGGCUUGAUUACUGCAUACUCAGUUUAUUAUAAAGAAGAAGGCUCAAGCAGAGAGAGGGUAGUGAAUACAACCAAAUCCCGGUUACAAGAAGUCAGCAUUCAGGGUCUUCGUCCUUCCACACAAUACAUUUUUCGCAUUAUUGCCUACAAUCAACAUGGACCAGGAAGUAGCUCUGAUGAGAUUAGAGUUGAAACACAAGCUGAAGUGCAUGUUCCAGGUCCUCCACAGAACUUGCGUGCACUGUCUACUUCACCUACUUCCAUUAAAAUUCAGUGGCAUGCCCCUGACAAACGUAAUGGCCCAAUAGAUAAGUACAAACUUUACUACAUGGAAGCUGGAACUUCCACCGAGCAUCAAAUCACCACCACUGAAACCAACUACAUUAUCAGACACCUGAAAAAGUUUACAGAGUAUAGCUUUUGGGUAGUAGCCAUUAACCAAAAUGGGCCAGGUGUAAGCACUAAUGAGGUGUCAGCUCGGACAUAUUCAGACACACCAAGUGAAACACCACAAAAUGUCUCUGUGGAGGCCUCUAGUUCCACAAGUUUAAUUGUUCGAUGGGAACCCCCUCCUAAAGAGACUAGGAAUGGAAUUAUUACUGGAUAUAAAAUUCGUUAUAAAGUGAGAGGAAGCCGACGUGGUGAAACUGUGACUACUGAUGGUAACAGAAGGCUUUAUGCUUUAACAGAUUUGGAACGAGGAGGCCGCUAUAGUGUCAAGAUUUCAGCUCUCUCUGUAAAUGGUAGUGGACCAUCAACACAGUGGUUUACUGUUGAUACAUAUGAAAAUGAUCUAGAUGAAUCUAAUGUACCGGACCGACCUAAGAGCCUCAGGGCACGGCCAAGUGCUACAUCAAUAUUUGUUAGUUGGACUCCUCCUCGUAACCAAAACAUCAUGAUUAGGGGCUACACCAUUGGUUGGGGUGUUGGUUUUCCCGAUGUGUACACCAAAGUUCUUAAUGGCAAACAACGUCAUUACACCAUUGAAAAUCUUCAGCCCUCAUCAGAAUAUGUCAUCAGUCUGAGAGCCUUCAACCAAGUUGGAGAUGGCAGACCAAUUUAUGAAACAGUCAGAACUCAUGUGAAAAGCACACCUGAACCACUAAUUCCAAUGCUGCCACCUGUUGGUCUAAAGGCCAUUGUUCUUUCUCCAACAACUGUUGUACUCUAUUGGACUGACACAACUCUUCCUCGAAACCAGAUAAUUUCAGACAACCGCUUCUACACUGUUCGUUACACACCAUUUACAUAUGAUGCUCAUGCCAAGUCCAGAUUUUAUAAUUCUACUGAUUUAAACUGUAUGAUUGAUGACCUAAAGCCAAACACACAAUAUGAGUUUUCUGUUAAGGUGAUCCUAGGACAACAGGAAAGUACCUGGAGUAUGACUGCUUUUAAUACUACACAAGAAGCAGCUCCCUCUUCUCCACCUCGGGAUCUUACUCUUGUACCUUCUGAAGAUGAUCCUUCAGUUGUAAAUCUUCACUGGCAACCUCCAAAACAGCCAAAUGGACUUAUCACAGGAUAUGUUGUCUUUUAUACUACGGACAAUACACAAAAAGAUAUCAACUGGGUGGUGGAAGGUGUUGUUGGAGACAAAAUGACAACGACGUUGAAAGGACUCACCCCAGCAACAACCUAUUACUUCAAAAUACAGGCACGCAACAAUAAAGGCUAUGGCCCUUUUUCUGCAGAAGUGGUCUACAUGACAGAGAAAAGUACAGCACAUUCAGCAGGUUCAAAGCUUCAAGAAAAUGGCAGUGGGUUGACUAAUACCACAGUACACAUCAUCAUUGUUUGUGUUUCUGUGUUUACUUUGCUCUUUAUAAUGGUUGUUAGUGUCAUGAUAUGCAGACGACAACAUGAUUGUGUUAUAAGACCAACAAAAAAAGGAGGAGGAGGAAAGAAUACAGCAAAGGGUAAAGACAUUAAGCCACCUGACUUGUGGAUACAUCAUGAUCAGAUGGAGCCCAAGACUUCAGACAAACAACUAAGUGCUGAGGCACCUAUGACUGAUACCCCAAUUCCUCGCAAUUCACAAGAUCUCGGGGAUGAGACAGUGUUGGAAACACUAGAUGGCAGAAAAGGUUCCUACCUAGAUCCUAGUAAUAAAGUGAGCGAUAACUUGUCACUCCACCAUCGAGCUGUAAGAGCUAAGCCUAUCAUGAUCCCUGUUGAUUCACAAGCUCAACUGAAAGAACAGAAUAAAAAUGUUACUCUUGUUGGAAAUGGGACACUAAGUCAACAUUAUGAUACUGUAAGUGGAGAAGAAAAUCAUCCAUUCUAUCCACGAAAACAGUAUGGCAGUACUCGUCCGCAUUUAACAGUGGACUGUAGUCUGAAGGCACCCUCAGAUAUUUCUUCAUCCCCUGCAAGUACACCUCCAGUAAAAUAUGAUCAGUUAUCAACUGGAAACCCUCCUACUUACAACAGUACCAUUGCACCUAGUGACUGUGGCACCAGUGAAGAUGAAUGUGGAAGUAAUGGAUCUUUUGGAAGAGGACCCCUAGGACAUCCUCUGAGGAGCUUUAGUGGCCCUGAACCUCCAACUUCAAGUUCCUCCCCAAGUACCACACAACCAACUAUUGUAGUAAGACCUAUACCCUCAACAAGCCCACUGAAAACAAGUGUACCAAGUAAUACGAGUCUUCCAGACUCUAAAACUACAACUUCUCAACAUUUUCCAUCACUUAAUGUACGUGCUGGACCAGCAGCAGCACAUACUGCUUCUAAACCUUCGAAGGAGAAUGAACUACUGCCAUCUUACAGCACAGAAGAACUUAAUCAAGAAAUGGCCAACCUGGAAGGCUUAAUGAAAGACUUGAAUGCUAUUACUGCAUCGGAGUUUGAGUGCUAAUCUUAGAAGGUUUUGAGUGUAGGAAGUUAAGAGAUAAUGUAGUGGCUGUUAGGGAACACUGCAUGAUAAUUGUACAGUGAACUGUGCCAUGAGUAAAAGACCCACAGAACUUCUGUGACAUUGGAAUAAAGUGUCAUAAAAAAAAAAAGUGGAAAUGUACAAAGUUUAUUGGUAAACUUUUUCAUUUUUGGGCCGAUCUUAUUCAUCAAGAAUUUUUUUUUAUUCUUUAUGCUGUGUGUGACUUGAUCACAAUGUGCCAAAAUUUCAUCAUCUAUCACAUUAUCUUAUCCAAUGCUGUAUGUCAUUUCAUCUUUGGUUUAUGUGCUUGUAAAAUUAAUACAGCCACUAAAGGUUUCUAAACUAUUAAAAUGACCAAAGCAUGAAAUCCAGCCAGUUUUACUUCAGUGUUUUGCUAUGAAUCUCAUACCCACAAUCUUAAAGUUCAAAACAUUUAUUCUGAAAAAAAAAUUUAUUAACAACAAUGAGUAACUGAAAAUUGUACUUGAGACUUGGUACAGUAUAUCUAACCAAUAUUUCUUGCUAUCUCCCUGAAAGUUAAACUUGAUGUGACUGCAUUUUAUUGCCAUGAUGUUUCCUUUGCUACUAAAGUCUUUGUCAGAAAACUGUGUGAGUGUACAGUUUUAACAAAACUGCAGACAUUUUAUGUGAUCACCUGGCAGUAUAUAUAUAUAUCACAGGAUAACAUUCAUUUGUAAGUACACAUCAGCAAAAAGACUGUAGUCUGUAUAUUGUAGGGGUAUUUCUUUAUUAUGUUCUUGUGCUGUUAAAGUGUAUACUUGAUGGUAAAGAAUUCCUUGUGCCAUUAGUGCCAUGCAGUGAGUGUAAAUAUUAUUAUAAGAAAAUAUAUAUAUAUACAUGUGUGUUGUUUGACAUCUCUUUGUGUAUAUAUAGCCCAUUCUGAGCUUAACAUAUUUUUUAAAUCAUUUACUUUUUAUUUGCACAAGAACUUGAUAUUUACUUGAUCACAAUUGUUGAAAGAAUGAUGGACUAGAUACUUAUAUGUUACUGUUUCUUUGUGGUAUUAUUUCAUGUUUUAUGGGCUAAGUUGGUUUUAAAUAUUUUGCUUCUUCAAGCAAUAAAUUUAAAACACUACUUUGCUGACAAAGAGUUGAAUUGUUAAAAAACAGUAGUUGGAGUAAGAAGAGAAAUCACAUUCAAGAUCACUGGACAGAUUGAUUAUAAAAUCUGUUUUAAUUAUUUAAUUAUUUUGUUUAUUAAACAGUUACUUUAAUGUUAAGGUUGUUUUGAAUAUAUUUAUUUUUCAAGUGAACAAGAUAAAUAUCACUGCAAAGAACAUUAGUGUAAAACAAAUGCAGAUAAAAACUGAAGAAUAAACAUGUAAUAUAAAACCACAUUAAUAGUUGGAUACUAAUACGAGUUUUGCUUAGAACAGGCAAGCAUUUUGUCCUUUGUAAUAAUUAACAGCAUUUUUUACCCUUAUUCAAAAGUUUCAUUUUAUCUUAAAACUUAAUCCUGAUAAAUUGAGGUGCAUGUUAAAAUAAUUUGAAAUUACAUAAUGUUGUUGUAUAUACAGCAUGUUG